GUUGAAGGUACUUGAAUUUCAUAAAGUUGCUACGUUCCUGAUUGAAGCAGAAUAUAGUGUAACACGCAACGUACGAUUUCAUUAAUUUGCUUUCUCCAUUCGACAGAUUAUAAAUUUGAAAAGUAUACGAAAAUAUAAUAAUUUAUUUGCUCUUGUAAAAUAUAUAUAUUGUUAUAUGAAUAAAUAAAAUAAUAUUGUUAUAUAAGUAAAUAAAAUCGCUCUGAAUUAAAGAACGUAAAUAUGAAAUCAAAGAAAUCAAAUAAUAUCGGACUAUUAUAUUUAAAAACUUAUAAUUUGCUACAAGUUCUUGGCUGGAGUUAUAUAUUUUAUAAAUUUGUGGUAAAUGAUUACUCUUCUAUAACAAAAGCAACUUUAUGGCACAAUGUUAAAUGGCCUAUUGUUAUCUUUCAACAUGCUGCUAUUUUGGAGAUAUUCCAUGCUAUGACUGGUUUAGUUAAAUCAAAUCUUGUAAUUACAACUUUUCAAGUGUUUAGUCGUGUUAUAGUUGUAAGUGGAGUACUAUUAGCAACUCCAGAUAGUUAUGCAGCAUCAUCUUUUGGUCUUCCAUUAGCCAUCUUAGCAUGGUCAAUAACAGAAAUAAUUAGAUAUUUAUUUUAUUAUUUGAAUCUCAAUAACUUUGUUCCUUAUCUCCUUACAUGGUUAAGGUACACAUUAUUUAUUGCAUUAUAUCCAAUAGGUAUAACUGGAGAAUUGUUAUGCUUAUAUUCAGCUGUAAAUUAUACAAGUUCUCAUCCAGAUUUCUGGAGUUACAGACUUCCUAACUCGUGGAAUUUCAUCUUUAGUUACUAUUGUGUUCUUGUAGCUAUUAUGGUAUCAUACAUUCCUAUCUUCCCACGUUUAUAUUUACACAUGUUUGCUCAAAGACGUAAAAUUAUAGGAGGUGAAACAUCCAAGAAAUCUCAUUAAUAUAAAUAAAAAUAUAUAUUAUUAACAUUUUAAAUAUAUAUUUUAUUAACAUUUUAUAAUAUAAUAUCUGUGGUGGAAAUAAACUAUAAUAUAAAUUAUAAUAUAAAGAAUA